AAGGUACUCUUGAUUGUUAUUAUAAUAGAACAAAAAUACACAUUAAAUUGAAUAGUAUGGAUGAAGGAUCCCUAAACAUGAGUUCUGCAAUUGUUAAGCAGAUCUCAGAAUGUUUCAUCAAGCCAAAACAUGAAGUACAAGAAGCAAAACACCCUUACUACUUAGGUCCACUUGAUAUUGCUUUCCUCUUUGGCAAUUACAUCCAAAAGGGUCUUCUUUUUCACAAACCUCCAACAUCUGAACACCAAAAUUUUUCCAUUCAUAAACUUAUUGAGAGUCUCAAAAACUCGCUCUCAAUCACCCUCGUCCAUUUUUACCCAUUAGCAGGUCAACUCGUAACACAAGUAGAUGAAGCGCGACAUCAAAGCCUCAUCUUUGUCGAUUGCAACAAGGGUCCUGGUGCAAGGUUCAUUCAUGCUAUGUUAGAUUUAAGUGUAUCCGACAUAUUAUCACCCAUCGAUGUUCCUGUCGUGAUCAAAUCAUUGUUUGAUCACAAUAGGGCGGUUAACUAUGACGGCCACUACAAGCCUUUGUUAUCCGUUCAAGUCACUGAACUCUUUGACGGAGUUUUCAUUGGAUGCUCCAUGAAUCAUUCUAUUGGUGACGGAACUUCAUACUGGCAUUUUUGGAAUAUGUGGUCUGAAAUUCAUAGAGCAAACUGCAAUGACGAAAUAGUUCCUUUAUCGCGUAUACCUAUCCAUAAACGUUGGUUUCCUGAUGGGUAUAGUCCUGUUGUUCAUCUCCCGUUUACUAACCCAAAGGAAGGUUUAAGCCCAUCUGAAACACCUGAUCUUCGAGAGAGGAUCUUCCAUUUCUCACCCGAGUCUUUAGCAAAGCUAAAAUCCAAGGCAAACGCAGAAAACAAUACGAAAAACACGAUCUCUUCGUUUCAGGCUCUGUCAGCACUCUGCUGGCGAACCAUCAUUCGUGCACUCGCUUUACCACAUGAUCACGUCACAAAUUGUAAAUUACCAGCCAAUUUUAGGCACAGAUUAGAUCCACCCUUGUCUCAAGACAGUGUUGGAAACUAUUUAACCCUGGCAAUUGCAACUACCAAAGUCGGUGAAUUACUCGAACAUGACUUAGGAUGGGCUGCAUCACUAGUUCAUCAGGCAGUGAUGAAUCAAAAACACGAAGUAUUUCAUGAUUUUGUCAGCUCAUGGCUGCAAUCUCCGUUUAUUAUCCCAAUCCACAAGCUAUCUGAUUCAUAUAGUGUGCAUAUGGGAAGCUCCCCGAGAUUUGAUAUGUAUGGGAAUGAAUUCGGGCUUGGAAAAGCAGUAGCUGUUCGGAGUGGUUAUGCAAACAAAUUUGUUGGGAAGGUUACUUCUUAUCCGGGAUGUGAAGGGAAAGGAAGUGUUGAUUUGGAAGUAUGUUUACCAUUUGAUGCAAUGACAAUUCUUGAAUUAGAUGAGGAAUUUAUGAAUGUUGUCUCAUAAAUAACACAAAUUAUAUGUUCUGAUUUGUAUAUUCAGUUUGUUUAAAUGAUUGGGUUAUCAUUUGUAUUCUCAUGUAUAAUGUUCUUUUGAGAUUUAUGUCUUUUAAGUACCAAAUAAUUCCUUUCCAUUUAAGAAAAUCUUUUUAACAUGGGUGUGAAGGAAACCUUUAAUUGGACA